GGAAGGUAAGUUGCAGUACUAGGUUGGACUACCCCCCGGUGAAAGUGAAAUAAUUGAUCAAAGGAUUUCCGUGACUGUCUUUGCGUUGCCUUGCAUUACAUUCAAAGACUAUGAGAAGGGUCGCAUUGAAGACAUGUCGGCUGACUUUUCAAAGCGAAUAAUUCGGAAUCCGAGGCACUGAAUUCUUUUGGAAUAGUUGCGAUGCACCCUUGGGCGUCUGAGUGGAGUCCUUUCAACGUACGCCAACUAUAAUAACCGUCCAAUCUUUUUUUUUACAACCCCGAACUAUCCUUCCUCUCUCAUAGUUUACGUUAUAACGUUACAUGUCCUCGAUGGCGCACUCCGCUGCUGAAUCUGUCUCGUCACAACCCGAUCGUCCAGAGCGCAGCCGUAAUGCUAAAGCUCAAGCUCGCCAUCGUGCAAAGCGAAAGGCUUACAUUGAGCAGCUUGAGCAGACUGUCACCAAACUACAAACCGCUUUGGGCUUCACUCCAGACCAAGUGGCGGCUUUACCCCCACCCUUGGUCAAGAUUCGUGAACUCGAGCAAGAAAACACCCGCUUGCAGAAAGAAAAUGAAGAAAUGAGACGUCUCUUGGAAGCUGACCAUCGAGCUGGCCAUUUAUCCUCUGACUAUCGUCGACACUCCAUGUCCAACUUCCAUGACAAUCGUAACUACGCCCCUCAUGGUGAUCGUCCCCCUCCACUUACCAUUCCGCAGCCAAUUUCCCAUCACCAGUAUGGCAAUAUACCCUCCCACAAUGGCACAUCUGGUCAUGGCGGUGUUUCAGGCAACUCCUCCUCGCUCUUUAAUUUGCAUGCUCCCGCUUUUCAUCAUAUUCCUCAUACCCCGUCCGGAUCAAGUUCAACUUCAAGUCCUCCUUUUCGGCGACAGCCUUCCCAAAUGCAACACUCAUCGCAUUCCCCGGUUAACAGUCGUCCAAGUUCAUUAUCGCAUCACCCGCUUCCCAGCAGCUACCAUUCCAAUCAUUACGGAUCCGUCAAGGUUGAGGACGAUCAUUACAGCUCAUCAAACCAUCAUAAUCAUAAUGGGCCCUCCAACCAUUAUCACACCACCCUCCCUCCAUUUGCCCAAACCGUACCAGAAGCUGAAGUGGAUAACUGGCAUGCUUAUUCGGCCGAGCGCGCCCAGGUUCAUCGGUAGAACCGAAAUGCGAUUGUUCUCUUCUUCUCCAUUGAUCGGUUUAGAUGAUACCCCCCGCUCUAUUGCUAUCAUUGUCUCGCUGCAUUUCGACUAGCUCUCUUUGCCGCAUCGCUAUUUUUUUCUUUGUCAUUCUAGAGUCUACGACAACCUACUACUUCUAAUACUUAGCUUCGCCACUGUAAAAAGUUAUAACGCAUUCUAGUGGAUAUAUGUGCAUGAAUUGUAUAAUACUUGAUACUUAUUGUAAUCUAAGUAGGGGUGUUAUGGGUAUUAUUGUUGGACUAGUA